AUGUACCGCUCUCGGCAUCGAGAUCCGAGGUCGUCAGCUACCUACGCUAGGGCUUGUGGAGUCCCGAGUGCCGAAGAUGGCCAUCACAACUACCGGGGAGUUCCCGUGUAUGAGCGAGAUGGAGAGUAUACUACAGUUCUAAGCUCUAUAAGAAUCAUGUCAAACGACCAGACAUCACAAGCAAACCCCCCUGCGAUACUCGGCCCACUGCGGCCCGCGCGGGGCUUUUACAUGCAAGAUGAACCACACCAGAUCUGGGAAUCCAUCAUGGAUCUCCAGAUAAAUAGUCACGAGCAGAUACGAGUGAGCGAACCGAUCCCUUGCGCAUAUAUAUUUGGCCAAAGAGUGUCGUGCUCGGACGCGCUUCGUCAGGCUUGCGUAACAGCGCCACAUAAGACCGUUAUGCUUCUCAACUGUGUCUAA